ACGAGCCGCACGGAGGGAGCAGAAGCCAUACGAUGAAGAAACGUUAUGUGGACGCGAGCAGGCUACGGAAAAUGAAAAAAAUGAAAAUAACGGAGAGGCUGUCUGAAAGUGCGUACACCUUCCUGAAGUUUAUGAUGAUGUGGACGUUGGUGCUGCUGGCAGAUUUCAUGCUUGAAUUCAGACUGGAGUACUUGUGGCCAUGCUGGCUCUUCUUUGGGAGUGUAUACACCACUUUCCACUGCCAUGGGCUGGUUAUUUGUGUUGUUUUUGUCUGUGCUGCCUUCACUCUGGACAUCUUUUGUUUAAUUUUUGUGCCUUUGCACUGGCUCUUCUUUGUGGCAAGCACCUAUGUGUUAUUCAAUUACAUAUGGCAUACAGAGAAAGGCAUCUGCAUAUCGACGGUGUCCCUGUGGAUUCUGCUUGUGUACACAGAGGCUUCACUUCGACUCAAAGACCUUAAAACCUCUCAUGCCAACCUGUCUCAUUUUUUUGCUGCACACUGCAUUGGAUACCCUGUAGUGUAUUUGGGGUUUGAUGCCACCUGUUACUUCACCAACAUCUUCAAGCUGCGCAUACAGAAAGCUGUUCAGAGUGAGAAUGACUUCCACAUGCACCUCCUGCAGCAUUCGCUCCCUCCAGGCCUGCAGGUUUACCCCAAGACUGCCACAGAGGGCAGCAGCAGCUCAAAAUGGAAGAUGAAGCCCGAGUCGACUCAGUAUCAAUGUCAGAAUGGCACUGUAGUGGCCCAUGAUGAGGUGCACACUGUGGACUGCCUCCAGAUCCGCAGUGAGGAGAGAACGACAGAGAAGGGAUCACAGGAGAUGAGGUCAGCUGAAUCAAACCGGCAGCCGUUAUCAUCCAAACCUGCCGAGUCCAGAGAUCUGCUCCACUGUGGGGCAGGAGGACAAGAAUCCUCUACGGCGCCCGAAAAUCUACCUCAAGAUGAGCAAGGGAGCAAAGCCACGCGGGCGACUAAAGGCUCCUCGCCAAAAGCCCGCAGAUGCAGCACAAACACCCCUUCACCACCUGCAGGAAGGACUGAGAAGAAGCAGAGAUCCAGCUCAAAAACAUUCUGCCUCAACCAAGACACGACGGAGAAGAAUGCCACAGCAGCUCAGAAUCACCACGCUGAGCAGAUGACCAAGCUGGAGCAGGAGCUGAGGAGGCUGAAGGGCGAGCUGCAGGUGAGCAGGCAGAGCGAGCAGGAGCUGCGAAGUCACAUCUGCAACUUGACUAACAGCGAGAGGAGCCUGAGACCAGAGGUUUCCCUGCUCAGACAGUCAAAUAUGCUUCUCCAGAGCAAGAUUCUGUGUCUGACUAAAACCAAACAAAGGGACAAACAGAGCAGUGCGAUGCUGGAGAAGAAGACCAGAGCAGAGACGGAGGCCAGACUCUCAGUAGAGAAACAGUUGGCUGAGCUUCAGGCUCAGAAACUGGAGGAAGCAGCCAUCACAGCACGGAGUCUAACAAACAGGCAGGAACACUGUGAAACCCAAAUGUUAAGGAAAAGGGUUAAAGAUCUAGAGACAGAGUACAAACAACUACAGCUGGAGUGUCAAGUGAAAGAGAGUCGUGUGCUAGAUCUAGAGAAUGAUGUUGAGGCUCUGGGAAAGUACCGCUGUGUGGAGAAAGAGACAGACAUGCUGCUGUCCACUCUGUCGGCCAUGCAGGAGAAAGCUCAACAUCUGGAGUACAACCUGAGCGCGGAGACUCGCAUCAAACUGGACCUGUUCUCGGCUCUGGGAGACGCCCGCCGACAGCUGGAGAUCGCUCAAGAUAAAGUGAUGAGGCAGGACCGGGAGAUAAAGGAGAUGAAGCAGAAGAUUGCGGAGGUGAUGGCCGUCAGUCCUGCAGUAUCCUACAUGGCUCCUCGGCCUCCGGUGCCGCAGUAUCUCACCAAGUUACUCAACUCUGAGCGCUACAUGCUGAAUCCACGAGCGCUGAUGUACCAGUGUCUGAAGAAAUAAAGGAGGCCGUCGCCAUUUUCUGAUCCUCGGAGCCCUCGAUCAUAAAACAUUAUGGAAAGGGGCUCAUGGAUUUGUAUUACAGAGCUAAAUGACACCAUGAAGUCAUCUACUUUCAGCCAUGAGUGGAACCAGAAUGCAUCACCACAAGUCAAAUGCCUUUUGCUGCACUGAUGAUGCUAACUUUACAUCGGGUGGAAGUGUUUCGCUCCAAAAUAUGUAAUCUGAUAUGCAGAGCUGCUGUAGGCACAGGUUAUAUGUAAAGAAACAACAUAAACCAUCAAGUUAGGAUGCAACAGAGAAAAGCACAACAUUUCUUCAAAUUCAGACCCUGAAGAUUUCGUCUAAAUGGAUGAUUUCUGGAUAUGUAAGUUCAAAAUGUACAAGUGGAUGAACCGUGCUGCCCUGCAGACCCACUCAAUUACCGACUAUAAAAGACCGACUAACUCUGUACAAUAUAUUUUCUUGGCAUGACAGUAGAACUUCAAAAGUUAUUUAUGUUGUUAUCAAAAGUAUUAUACUUACAACGUUUCAAGAUUGUAGGGACUAUAAUAGCCUUUUGUUUUAAUUCUACUGAAUGAUUUUUUUCUGGAGGGAUAUUGACACAUUUAAAAGAACAUUGGACCAUUUUUUAAAUCUUGUUUAUCCCUUUGAGUCAAAUGAACUUUAGUAAUAAUUGGAACAAAAAGUAUGGAAGCUUAUUUCUGGCAUGAAAAAAGAAUAUAUGACUAAGUAUCUCAGAACGAGGACAUAGUAGUAACUUUUAGUAGUAAAUUAUUUUUUAUUAAAAUGUUUUUAAAGUUUUCUACAUGCUACAUGCAUGUUAAUGCUUGUUGAACUGGUGUCAAUUACACUAACACAUUUAAAAGUAAUGAUUAAAAAAAGAAACGAUAACGUAGGAGUUUAUCAAUAAUCCAGUUUUAUUAAUAAUUUAGCACUCGUGCCCACACCCAUCCCUACACAAUAAUCUUAUUUUGAACAUCUGAUAUUGUGACAGUCCUCGUUAUGACUUACAGUCUUCGGCCAAGUUGUUGAAUUUUGAUUCUCUAUUACUCGAAGGAGUGGGCUUCCAUAAAUGAGCCUUUUUCCCAGCAGACAGUUGGACUUCGUCAUAAAUUCAGAAUAGUGUCGACAUCGUGACGAGUCAAAAUGUCUUUUGUGAAAAAACGACCCUAAAUUAUUCAGAUAGUUUCUGAUCAUGCAGCGACAGAUUGAGAUAAAACUGGUUCAGCAUACACGAACGCACUGUUCAAAGCUAUUCAAUGAAUGUCUCGAUAUGAAUAUAGAGAGAUGAUAAUAUUGAAUCAACCCCAGAGCCGAGUUAGUUGUGUUUAUGACCUCCAUUUGAAUUGUGGGGACAAAAUAGUCCUAUAUUUGAUCAAAUACAAAUAUAAGGUCCAAACAAUAUUCUAUUUACAAACAUAAAACAUUCAAACAUUAAUAUAAAUAUUAUCCGACAACAUCAACAAAUGCUAAAUAAGAAAAGUAUGUCUGUGCCUGUAAAUAAUGGAUUACGAUUAUUUGAAUUGUGCUGAAAUUAAGAUCAAAUGAACGGUUUAAAAUGUAAAAUGUGUUCAGAGUCGCAGACAUCGAGGUGACACGGGGUCGUUAUCGUGUGAGGUUUCCUGGCAGCAAACAAUGUGCCGUUUAAUUGUUGGAGUGGGAAGAUGCAGUGAAAGAAACUCACACUUAGCCGCAAUUAUGUCUCUUUGUUUCAGCCCACAGCUCACGGUUACAUGUGGCAGCUCUCGGCUGCACAGCGGCAAACAUCUGGAAAAGAGAGCGAGUGGGACAAAAAUGAACCGAAUGGUUCGUUUUCCAGAAAGCGGAUUUGUGAAUAACAAAGAAUGGUGUUGACCAAACGUGGUUCAUGAAUUUAAUUAUUGUGCCUAAAUACAUUACUUUCAAACUGGGGAGUAAAACACAAAUUUAAUGUGAAAGAGUAAUGUGUUUGAAUUGAAGUGCUAUGUACUGUUUUUGUAGAUUGUUUUUUUGUUUUUACCCACAUUGUACAGAAUUGAAAAGACCCAUGCAGCUGAAAAACACUCAUGAACUGGAUGUCGCCAUUUUGGUAGCUUUUUAUUUAGAGCGUGUUUCUAGGGUGUUUUAUAUCAAAAAUAUUUUUUAGUCUUGCUGUACCUUUUAUUAUACUGCUGUAAUUUUGUACAGCAAUGUGUUUGUCAGCAUGAAAUGUGUUUUCUUCAACUGUUAUUUGAGCACACAUUGUGACUUUAAGUAUGUACAUGGAAUUACUUGUACAAGGGCUACAGUUUCUUAACAUUUUGAACAAAUGAAAUGAAAUGGAACAGUGAUGCUCGGAGGGGAGAGAUCAUGCUCCUGAUACACCAGGAUGUUUUUUUUGUAUAAAUAAUUUAAAUAAUUGAA